GCCCCCCUCACCCAACCAACCCAAAUCCCAUCCACCUCCCUAAAAGACAGCGGCAAAUCGCGCCGCCCGCGCGACGUCCGUCUAAUCCACAUGCUCCUCUCCUCCCUCGGCGUAACAGCCUACCAAGAACGCAUCCCUCUCCAACUCCUCGACUUCGCCUACCGCUACACCUCCUCUGUACUACAAGACGCAGUGCACCUCGCAACAGAAGGUUAUGCGGGAACCACCGACCCCGCAUCUUCCUCGCGCGGUGCCUCGGAAGUCAACAGUGUGUCGCUGCCCGCGUUACGGCUCGCCAUUGCGUCGCGUCUGCAUUAUCAGUUCCAGGCUGGUCUGCCGAAGGAGUUUUUGAUGGAUGUGGCGGCGGAACGGAAUAGGGUUGCGUUGCCGGGGGCGAGUAGGGGGUUUGAUAAUUCGGGGGCCGUGAAGCAGGGUCAGGCGAAUCAGAGUGUUGUUAUGGGUGGGAUGAGGUUGCCGCCGGAGAGGUUUUGCUUGACGGGUCUGGGGUGGGGGAUGAAA